UCAUCUGGCUAUGCACUUUGGGGAAAUCCACAGACUAUCUUAAAUGUGUAUAUUUAUAUUUGGAACACGCAUUUCAUUGAUAUUUUACAGUUUUUUUGUAGGUUUGAUUAUUUUAUUAGCGAAGGACUGAUUGCAACUAGCGUUGUUUUCUAGGUAUCUUUCGCUUUGCAGCCGUGAAUGUGCUACUUCAAAUCUGAAGAUUGCAUUUUUACAACCAAUCGCGGCAUUCCACUGUAUUUCGCCGGCAAAAACAAAAGAGGGAGUUUGUGAACGUUUACUAUAUCGACGGUUUUCAUAAGGUAACAGUAUACUAGUGCAAAAUUAACGUUAGCUGUCAAAGAGGCUACUUAAAAAUAUAUAUGUUUACAUAUUCUUACCGACGAAAAUAUCAGGACUGGCUAUCAUAGGCAACAACGAACCACGUUAGCCACCUAGAUUAGCUGAGGCUAACAAAUUAACUUUGUUCUAGUUGUAUUAUGCUAACUAUGAAGUUAUCUGGUUAUGUUAGAUAGCCAUAAUACAAAAUAAAAAAUAAAAAAAAAACUCACAACGUUAGAGUGCAUUUAGCUAACUGAUCAUAGUUAGCGCUAAAUAAUGUUGGCCUAGUUUCAUUUCUUUAUUUAUACCAAGAUUGCAGUGUAACUAUGACAACUGGCGAUUUAAGAGGAUGCCUGCGGAAACUUGAACUUCAUCUUAGAUCCUUGAAGUACCCCAAAGAAGUUGAUUAUGCCGGUUUGGCCAAAGGUGAUUCAUCAUCUUUUUUGCCAGUUCUGAAUUACGCAUUCCUAUCACAUUCCUCAUAUCUUGCCGAAGAACUCAUAGGAUUUGGAGUUGAACUUGCCGGAAAGAAUGACCAUAGAUUUCUUGAAGCUGUCUACAAGGUGCUGCGGGAUGUCUUCAAUUACAAGCCUCUUUUAACUAAGGAGCAGUUUCUGCAGUUUGGCUUUGCUGAACGGAAGAUCGGCAUCCUCUGUGACAUCAUCGGCUUUGUGACUGAGAGGCACAGAGAGCUGUCUAAAAAUGGCAAGACAAAGAGCAAGCCCCGUUUGCCAAGGUUUAACCAGCAAGCCGAACCAGAGGGGCCUCACUUUGAGGCCGACGCUCUGAAGCCAGUGGGCCCAGCAGUGCCGCCUCCUAAGCCCCUGGUAGAGAGGCACAUGGGUGGCCCAGUGGCAAUUGUGUCCCACUCCUCUUCUGAGGAAUUGUCCUAUGAGGAUGGGGAGGGAGAGGAAGAGGAUGAAAAUGAGUCCUCAACGGAGUUUGGUGCAUCCCCACAGGUGGAGAGCAGGCUGCAGGCUCUCGAGGCCCAGGUCCUGGAGUACCAGAGGAAGCUGGAGACGAUGUCCCUGCUGGAGGACAGGCUGAAGCGGCUGGAGAGGGACACGGCCGGGAAGAUCGUCAUCAACCAGCAGGACUGGGACAACCUGGAGAGCCGCGUGCUGCUGCUGGAGACCAGGCUAGCGCUGAGCUCGUCACAGAAACCCUCAUCGCUUGGCCGUGAGGCUGAAAGCAUCGCUCGAGAAAUUGCGACAAUCCAGGAAUCAUCCGAGACCAGCCCCGAGCCGCCGCCCCCGUCGCCACGGAGCCCCCCCCGCAGAGGCCCGGACGCUCACGCGGCCGCCAUCAAUCCCUUUGUUUUGACUGCGGAUCCAAAGGAGAAUAUUAAAGAGCGACUGGAAAGAAUAGCCACCAUGAUGAAUGAAACGUCCAGCCUUCUGAGGAGCACGGAGCCCUCCAUGUAAAUACGUCUCCGUUUUAUCCUUGUGGGAAGUGGAUAAGAUGAUUCUGGAUCAGCUGAUCAUUCUCCUCAUUACUGCUACUGUCCUGCAGAGGGCACUGUGACCUAAGAAUGUUGCAUCUUGUUUGUUCUGUGUGGCUUUGUCUCCAUCUGCUGCUUAGCGCAAGCAUUACAUCUGUUGGUUACACUGAUGCUAGUGAGAUUUUUUCAUUUUCAGAAUCGCAUAAGCAGAAGAAUAACAUUUACAUGGUUUCAUUUUAACUGGAAACUAUGGCUCGCUUCAACAGUCCAAUCCAUUUCCAUGGGCAAGCCCUGGAAAGUCUGUCCCAGUAGGCCUGUAUAAAUUAGGUGCACCACUGUACUGACCAUUUUUUAAGAUAUUUAUUUGCAUGCGUGAAGCAAUUUUUUACAGAGCACUACAGUCUGAUUACUUUCUGCCAAUCAUAUUAAAGAUUUAUUUAAAGUUAAA